AUGAAGACGGGCUUCUUCCUGGACCAGCGGGAGAGCCGCAGGCAGCUGCAGCGCCUGUCGAAGGGCUGCAGCGUCCUGGACCUCUUCUCCUACACGGGCGGCUUCGCGAUCGCCGCGGCGCGCGGGGGCGCGGUGCGCACGACGACGGUGGAUCAGUCCGCCGCGGCCGUGGCGCAGAGCCUGCGGAACUACAGGCUGAACGGGCUCGAGGCCGAGGUGGCCGAUGCGGAGCUGCCGCUGAGCCUGCCGGGGCAGGCCGUGCACAGGCUGGUCGCGAUGGACUGCGGCGCGUUCCUGUCUGGGGCGCGCGAGCGCGGGGAGCUCUUCGACAUCGUCGUCUGCGACCCGCCGAGCAUGGCGCCCAGCGAGAAGGCGCGCGCAGCUGCCCUGCGGAAGUACGUGGAGCUGAACCGCGGCUCGCUGCAGGCGCUGCGCGAGGGCGGCCUGCUGCUGACGUGCUCGUGCAGCUCGCACAUCUCGGAGGACCUGCGCGGCGCAGUGGAGGAGGCGGGCCAGCGAGAGGGCUGCAGCCUGGAGGUGGUCUCGCAGGCGAGGGCCGCCACGGACCACCCGGUGAGGCGCGGCUUCCCAGAGGGCGACUAUCUCCAGACGCUGUUUGUCCGCGUGCUG